GUUUUGUUGGAUCAUAUUCAACUGUGACCUGACCCAGGUAUUACAUAUGCUCUACUGUAGUUUCAAUGUGCAUUACUGUCAGUGUCUACUAUUUUAUUUAUUGUUAAAGUGUUAAUUUAUAAAAAUAUAUAUUUAAAUAAUGAGUGAAAAAAAGGUAUCGGAAAUCGAGGCACCUUCACUGGAUAAUGAUCUAAAGUAUAGUUUACAUUUACCUAGAUCGUUGAAUAUUGAUGAGAAAAAAUAUUUACUUGCGGUAGAAAGAGGAGAUCUCGCUAAUGUACGUCGGAUGCUACAGCUUGCCCAUAAAAUUCAAAAUAAAAAAUUGAUUGACAUCAAUUGCGUUGAUAGUCUUGGCCGGGGUGCAUUGACUUUGGCAAUUGAAUCUGAAAAUCUUGAAAUGUUGGAGCUUUUGGUGGUAAUGGGAGUUGAAACACGUGAUUCAUUGCUGUAUGCUAUUGAUCAGGAGUUUGUUGAAGCCGUCGAAUUACUAUUGGAGCAUGAAGAACUUGUCAGAACUCAAGAACUCAAUAGCGAUAAUCCACCUAAAGAAAUAACACACAGUUGGCAAAUGAUUGAUCCUGCAACAGCUCGGUAUCCACCUGAAAUGACACCUCUGGUAGUUGCGGCCCAAAGAAAUAAUUACGAGAUACUUAAACUUUUACUUGAUCGCGGUGCAACUUUGCCGAUGCCUCACGAUAUUCGUUGUGGCUGUGAUGAUUGUCUUCGUUCAUCAACCGGUGAUCCUUUGCGAUUAUCAUCAUCAAGAAUAUCUGAAUAUAAAGCACUAGCAAGUCCAAGUCUUAUUGCUUUGAGUUCACCUGAUCCAAUAAUGACCGCGUUUCAACUCAGUUGGGAAUUAAGACAGCUGGCGAUAUCUGAACCCGAGAGUAGUUUUGAAUACAUUAAACUACGAAGACAAGUUGAAAAAUUUGCUGUUGAUUUAUUACAACAAUCAAGAACUACCUCUGAAUUAAAUACUAUUUUAAAUCAUGAUCCUGAGGCAGAUGUCAAUCAUUAUCCAAUAAAACCAUUAGCUCGUCUUGAAGCUGCUAUUCAGUAUAAACAAAAAAAAUUUGUUUCUCAUUCGCAUGUUCAGCAGCUUUUAGCAUCAAUUUGGUAUGAAGGUGUACCGGGAUUCAGAAGAAUGACAGCACUAAAAAGAUUUGGAAUAAUAAUAAAAACAGCGAUACUUUUUCCUCUUUACUCAAUGAUUUAUUAUUUUGCCCCAAAUUCAAAGAAUGGACAACUUUUACGUCGACCUUUUAUGAAAUUUUUAAUUCACGCAUCUUCGUAUUUAUUUUUUCUUUUGAUUCUAAUGCUGGUAUCGCUGCGAGCAGAGUUUCAAGCGAUAAUGAUAUUUGGUACAGAAACAAUGAAACAACAAUUGGAACAAGAUUUACAAAAACAGCGUGGAUCUGUACCAACAUAUCUUGAAUGUAUUGUCGUAAUUUAUGUAUUUGGAUUUAUUUGGGAGGAAACACGUCAAGUAUUUUGCGACGGUUUGAAAGCUUAUCUCAGAGAUAUGUGGAACUUUAUUGAUUUUACCCGUAAUUCGCUUUAUGUAGCGACUGGUAUUUUACGUAUUGCUGCUUAUGUACAGCAAAGAGCUGAAAUAAAUGAGGAUUCUUCAGCGGCAUAUGUCCCACGUGAAAGAUGGAGUGAUUUUGACCCUCAAUUAAUUGCAGAAGGACUUUUUUCAGCAGCAAAUGUCUUUAGUGCAUUGAAAAUAAUUCAUUUAUUUAGUAUUAAUCAAAAUCUUGGGCCUCUGCAAAUUUCAUUGGGAAGAAUGGUCAUCGAUAUCGUUAAAUUUUUUUUCAUUUAUACUUUAGUAUUGUUUGCGUUUGCCUGUGGAUUAAAUCAGCUGCUGUGGUAUUUUGCAGAAUUAGAAAAAAUAAAAUGUUAUUCAGAAAUGGAUAAUUCAUCUUGGGAUCCAACAAGUGAUUCCUGUUUAAGAUGGAGAAGAUUUAGUAGUUUAUUUGAAUCUUGUCAAAGUCUUUUCUGGGCAAGUUUUGGAGGUGUGGGAAUCGAUAGCUUUGAUUUAACUGGAAUUAAAUCGUAUACGCGAUUCUGGGGAUUACUCAUGUUUGGCUCAUACUCGGUUAUCAAUGUUAUUGUUUUGCUUAAUCUACUUAUUGCUAUGAUGAGCAACAGUUAUGCCAUUAUUGAGAAACACUCGGACGUUGAAUGGAAAUUUGCAAGAACUAAGUUAUGGAUGAGUUAUUUUGAUGAUACGGGGACAUUACCUCCGCCAUUUAAUAUUUUUCCAGCUCCUAAAUUCUUUUUAAGACUCAUUGGGCUUCAAAAAAAAUCAAAUGAAUAUCGUAGUAGCGGAAGACGUAAAGCUCGUGAACACAAAUACUGUGCAGUUAUGCAGGCAUUAAUUUGGCGUUAUGUCGUAAAUGCUCAUAAUGAACAUGAAAUGUCUCCAGUAACUGAAGAUGAUAUUCAUGAAGUUAAAUCUGAUAUUUCGAGUUGGCGUUGUGAACUUUUAGAAGUACUUCGUAGAAAUGGAAUGGAUAUUACUGGAGCUAAUGCGAAAGAACAAACUGUUUUAGGUAAAAAAAUGAGAGUUUGGGAAAGAAGAUUGAUGAAAGAUUUUUCAGUUUCUGGACCAAUGAAUCUAGACGACUGUUCUAGUAGUGAAUUAGAACAACCACCUGAAGGUGAAGAUAAUAUUGAAAGAUGGAAACGUGUUGCUAAACUUGCAGUACUUAAAUCUGCAGACCGUAAAUGGGGUCAAGUAGUAUCAUCUGCUGUUAAAAGUUCACAAAUUGGACGAUCUAAUAACAGAGUAUCAUUACAAAGUCAGCAGAGUUUAAAAAAAGCAAUGGAUGAAGCGCGUAAAAUGUGCGACAAACCUCUACUACCAGAACUUACUCCUGUAAAACUUCCAGAAGAACCGACAGCUAAUAUUUUACACGUAAUAAAAGGAACCAAUACACCAACGACUCCUCGUUCUUGCUCUCCAGAAUCUACAGAGAGAAAAGUUGAGAUAGAAACAAAUGUUUUUCCGACGACUGUCGGAUAUGAAAAUGAGAAAACUAAAAAAAAUAAUUGUCAGUUUACUGAUAGACGUUCAUCACCACCAAAAAUUAUAAAACGUAAACCUGCGCCUUCAAGUCCAUCAAAUUUAAAUAAUAAUAAAUUUGAAAAGUCACCUGGUAAAAUUAUACCAACUACUUCACCAAAUAAAAAUAUUAAUAAUACCUCAGGUUCACAUUUGACAACAGACAUUGUUAGACCGCGACCAAGACCCGUGAGUCCGCGGAAAAUUCCUGAUGUUACAAUUAUACCAAAUACACCAGAGUUGAAUCGUUCAAGACAAAGGGAUAAUGAGUCUAAUGAUCGAUCACCGCGAAUAAAUAUUCCCAGAAAAAACAACUGGAUUUAA